GGGGGAGGAGUCCGGACAGGAGGGUAUAAAAUAAAAAGUGCAGGCUGAAGAUGCUGGGAAUCUGCUGAGAGUCGAGAUAAAGUGCUCAACAUGGGCAACUGGAUUAUCAACCAUGGACUUACAUCCUUCAUACUGGUGGUCUGGAUGGGCAUCAACAUCUUCCUUUUCGUCUGGUUUUACUUCUUCUACGAUUUGGGGGAUCAGUUUUUCUACACGCGCCAUCUUUUAGGGUCUGCCUUGGCCUGGGCCAGAGCUCCUGCAGCUGUCCUCAACUUCAACUGUCUGCUGAUCCUCCUCCCGGUGUGCAGGAACCUGCUGUCUCUGCUCCGAGGCUCCUUCGUGUGUUGCGGCAGAACAAUGAGGAAACAAUUGGACAAAAAUCUGAGUUUCCACAAGCUGGUGGCAUACAUGAUCGGCCUGAUGACAGCUGUUCACAUGAUUGCCCAUUUGUUGAACGUGGAGUGGUACAACAACAGCAGACAGGGAAUUUAUGAUAAACUCAGCACUGCUCUGUCCAACCUGGAGGACAGCGGAAACAACACCUACCUGAACCCAAUCCGCAAAACAGACAUCGAUCCGCAGCAGAUUCCAACCUACUUUGUCUUCACCACCAUCGCUGGCCUCACAGGGGUCAUCAUCACUCUGGCCCUCAUCCUCAUCAUCACCUCCUCCAUGGAGGUCAUUAGACGCAGCUACUUUGAAGUCUUCUGGUACACCCACCAUCUCUUCGUCAUCUUCUUCGCUGGUCUAGUCUUUCACGGAGCUGGGCGAAUUGUGAGGAGUCAAACGAAAACAGAUCCACCACACAACUUUACCCUAUGUAAAGACCGCAGUGAUGAGUGGGGACGGAUUCCUGAGUGUCCCAUCCCUCAGUUUGCAGGAGGGUUCCCACAGACCUGGAUGUGGGUGAUUGGACCAAUGAUUCUGUAUCUUUGUGAACGUCUGCUGCGUUUCAUUCGUUACAUGCAGGCAGUCAGAUACAGGAAGAUCGUGAUGCGGCCGUCCAAGGUGCUGGAGCUGCAGCUGGUGAAGAACGGUUUCAAAAUGGAGGUGGGUCAGUACGUCUUCCUCAACUGCCCAGCCAUCUCCCAGCUGGAGUGGCACCCGUUCACCAUGACCUCCGCCCCCGAGGAGGACUUCUUCAGCAUCCACAUCCGCUCGGCCGGGGACUGGACCGACAAACUCAUAGACAUCGUGCAGCAUCUACCGGAAGGAGCACAGGGACCCAAAAUGGGUGUGGACGGACCCUUUGGCACAGCCAGUGAGGACGUAUUCGACUAUGAGGUCAGCAUGCUGGUCGGUGCCGGUAUUGGAGUCACUCCCUUCGCCUCCAUUCUCAAAUCCAUCUGGUACAAGUUCAAAGACUCCAACCCUAAACUGCGCACCAGAAAGAUAUACUUCUAUUGGCUCUGCCGUGAAACACACGCCUUCGAGUGGUUUGCCGACCUCCUGCAGGUGCUGGAGAAAGAGAUGGAGGAGAGAGGCAUGGCGGAUUUCCUCACCUACAAACUCUAUCUGACCAAAUGGGAUCAAAGCCAUGCCACGCACGUGAGGGUUCACUCCGAUGAGGACACAGACGUGGUCACUGGGCUCAAACAGAAAACCUACUAUGGCAGACCCGCCUGGGACAAGGAGUUCGAACAAGUCCGCAAAGAGAACCCAACGUCUGUGGUGGGAACCUUCUUAUGCGGUCCUGAAGCUCUGGGAACAGUCUUGGAGAAGAAAUGUGUCAAAUACUCAGACGUGGAUCCUCGGAAGACCAAAUUUUACUUCAACAAGGAGAACUUCUGAGUAAAAACAACAGCAGCAGCAUUUGGGCUUACUGAAGCACUAGUGGUGGGGAAUCUCUUUCACCCUGGAUUAUUUUAGAACAAUGUAAUGAUGACAAAGCUGCCUGACAACAAAUGACACUACCCGUGUGUGUGUGUGUCUGUGUGUUGUGUGUGUUUUGGCACACUAGACUAAACUGCACACCUAUAAAGAGGCAGGGCAUGUUAUUUUAUCUGCACUACUCAGGGCCUGACUUAUUUUCUUUACAUAUUUUCAUCCAUGAUGAAACCUUCAAUCAUCAGUCUCAUAAUCCAUUAUGAUCCUAGUCAAUAAAACCUUUUUUAAAGCAGACAUUGUGAUAUGAAAUAGUAGGGUAAAACGGGUGUUACCAUUGAUACUGUUAUUGUGCACGUUGACUCACUUGAGUCUUAAUUAGUAUCAUUUGUUACACCUUCUGAAGCUUCUUCUCUGGCCUCGUUGUUACUGAGACUUGAACAAGAUUAUAAGGAAGUGUUUGACUGUUACAGAAGAAGUCAGGGCCUCGAGUGUUUCGUCUGUACACUUGAUCGUUUAUCAUGUGAAAACUACCUUUAAUACAGAUUAACAUUUGAAUCAACACAGAACAAAAUUGUAAUGUCCUUCUACGUAAUUAAGAAGUGACUAAUACAGCCGCUCACUGCAACCAACGACUAUUUCCAUUACCCAAUAAUCCGCCAGUUGUUUUAAAUUUUGUUUGUUGUUACAUAAGAGAAAAGAAAAGAAGCAUGUCAUCAUACAAGAGGCUGCAAUCAGUUCAUUUUGUUUAUAUCAAAGUAAGCCUAUGAUCAAUUAAAUUGUAAAUAAGUGUCAUUCUGUUCUUGAACUAAUUGUUUUAUAAUCUAAAAGUGUGUUUGAAAAUUAAAGUGUGAACAAAUUAUUGUAACUCUAUCCUCUAAGCUUGAUUAAGGAAACAGAUUUCUUGGAACCAGACAAUCGUUUAUUAUAACCGUCACCAGUAUUUCCUUAUCAGAGUGAUAAGACACGUAAACCAGGAGGAAGACAACUGGUCACGUAGCCUCUGGUUAAUCAUCCUCUCAAGACAUGGAAGGAUUUAUGGUUAUUGAAAUGACUUUAAUUACUUCGCAAUUUGUUGUGUUUCAUCCACUUUCUUGUAAACAAUUCCAGACUCCGUUUGAAUAAAUGAAUAAAGGCAA